AUGGCAAACAACAACAGCAGCUGUGCCGUGUGCAAUCGCCCUGAUUGGGCUGAAAAGUUGGUUCAAUGUGACAAUUGUGAUCAUUGGUACCACUUCACCUGCGCUGGUGUCACCGAUUCUAUUCAACAUCGCGAUUGGACGUGCACAAGCUGCCUGCCAUUAGUCGUGAGUAGUGAAUCAGGGACUGUAUCGUCGCGAUGCUCAGCUAUCGCCGCACUGGAGCUCCAAAGACUAGAGGAGGAGCAAGAAAUCAAAAGAAAGCGGUUCUUGCAGGAGAAAGCCCUGGAGAAAAGGCGAAUCUUAGAACAAGAAGCUGCCGAUAGAAAGAAGCUGGAAGAGGAGGAAAAUAUGGAGAGAACCUUUCUUCAAGAGAAAUAUGAACUUAAGAAAGUUCAAAUCGAUACAAAAAGUGAUGGCGGUAGUAUUGUCAGUAGAGGAAGUAGGGGUCGGAACAGUGUUGAAAGGGUUGUUCAAUGGAUACAAAACGAUGCAAAGGACGCUCUCAACAGUACAGCUAAUAAUGGUAAGGCACCAUAUCGGAACGAUGCCCAGAAACUCGUGGCGCAACUUCGAUACACUGUACCGAACUCCCCCAGGAAAAACUCCAUGUCUGGAAGCCGGCAGUCAGAAUCUACGCACCAUGCCUCUACUCCCGAGCCACCGUCACCAUUUAUGUACGCACCUUCUGGAAGCAGCGAACGGUCCAUCUCUCGACAGCAUGGUGCUAGAAUCAGAGAGGUGUUGCCACCUGUGCUAUCAGAGUACAAACAGGAGGGCAACACUUUGAGUCAUGAGCAAACCGGAGGAGAAAUGUACGCUGGUAAUCUAUCGCCAACUCAGAUUGCAGCACGGCGCGUAAUGUCUCGCGGCCUACCAGAAUUCAGUGGCAACCCAGAAGACUGGCCAGUGUUCCUAAGCCAAUUCAAUAUUACGACGGAGUGCUGUGGGUUUAGUCACGCAGAAAAUCUCGUUAGAUUGCAACAUUGUCUGAAAGGAAUGGCCCUAGAUUCCGUUCGUAGUCGCUUGCUUCUUCCAAGCUCCGUGCCGCAAGUGAUGGAAACACUUAAAAUGCUUUAUGGCCGUCCUGCAUUACUCAUUAACUCUUUAAUACAGCGGGUACGCAACACACCGGCCCCAAAAAUCGAAAAACUACACACAGUAGUGGAGUUCGGAAUGGAGCUGCAGAGUCUCUGUGACCACCUUAUAGCAGCGAAUCAGGAGGCUCAUCUGACAAACCCGUCUCUUCUUCAAGAGCUAGAGGAGAAACUUCCAGCUCAUUUGAAACUCCAGUGGGCUGUACAUAAACAACCACUACACACCGUCACCUUGAAAACCUUUGCUGAUUUCAUGUCGCACUUGGUCUCCGCAGCUAGCCAAGUUACAUCGCUUACUGACUGUAAGGCUGAUCACCGUCGUUCAGAAAGGGACCCCAAGUCAAAACAGCAAAAUAGUGGAUUCCUUCAUGCUCACUCCGAGGCAGAUGAAGAGAUGGUGACGAGUUCGCAGGCAGACAGCCCUGCGCGUAAGUGUCUGGUAUGUGAAGAAGUGAAUCAUCGCGUAAAAGAUUGUGAACUGUUCAAUAGCAUGGAUGUGGAGGAAAGAUGGCGAAAAGUUAAUAGCCAGCGAUUGUGUCGCACUUGUCUCAACCAGCACGGUAGAAGACGUUGUCGAAUUACAAUCCAAUGUGGGAUUGAUGGAUGUCAGUUCAAACACCACCGCCUCCUACAUAGUAAACCUGAAAAUGCAACAACUUCAGAAAGUCUUACUCACCGAGAUCUAGCACCAAAGGCACUAUUUCGAAUCAUUCCGGUAACAGUUCACGGAAAAAUGGGUUCUGUUAACACGUUCGCCUUUCUGGACGAUGGAUCUUCAUUGACACUCGUGGAACGGUCGCUAGCGGAACAAUUGGGAGAAAAUGGACCAUCACGCGGACUUAUUCUGAAAUGGACAGGCAAUGUAACUCGUUGUGAGUCAGGCUCUCAAGAAGUUUCGUUCGGUAUCUCGGGACAAAAUACAGGAAACCAAUUCCAAGUAAAACGAGCCAGAACCGUGUCUGAACUAAAUCUCCCCAUUCAAUCACUCAACCUUAAAGAAUUAAUGGAGCAGUAUCCACAUUUGAAAGGCCUUCCAAUACACGAUUAUAAGAGCGCUCAGCCGCGUAUCCUCUUGGGUUUAGACCAAUUAAAACUAUCGUUGCCUUUGAAGUAUCGAGAAGGACGUGAAGGAGACCCCGUGGCCGCCAAGACCCGCCUAGGUUGGUGCAUUUAUGGUGGAAAUUAUGAGAACACCACAGUUGGAGUAACCUACCACAUUCUGGAUGCACCGGAGGAAAGCUUGCAUGAUAUGGUGAAACAGUAUUUCGGCCAAGAAGAUGCAGGGGUGAAAUUAUCUCUAGCUUUGGAGCCAACCGACGAAAAGAGAGCAAGACAAAUUCUCGAACAUACAACAAAACGGGUGAAUGGUCAAUACGAAACAGGUCUCUUAUGGCGAUAUGAUCACUUCGAGCUACCAGACAGCUACCAUAUGGCAUUACGUCGCCUAGAAUGCUUGGAGCGAAGGAUGCAACGAGAUCCAUUAUUGAAAGACAAUCUGCAUAGGCAGAUUAAAGAGUACCAAUCGAAAGGUUACGCCCAUCGUGCAUCAGCAAGUGAACUGUCUAGGGCUGACCCUCGCAGGAUAUGGUAUCUGCCGCUAGGAGCUGUGAUAAACCCGAGGAAACCCGAAAAGAUUCGAUUGAUUUGGGAUGCCGCGGCAAGCGUAUGCGGCAUAUCGCUAAACUCGGUCCUUCUGAAAGGCCCCGAUCAACUAUGCUCUCUACCAGGUGCCUUGUUUCGUUUUCGUCAACGACCCAUAGCAGUGAGCGGAGACAUCCGUGAAAUGUUUCACCAAAUACGUAUUCGUUCGGAGGAUUGUCAAUCCCAGCGGUUUCUUUGGCGCGAUGAUCCAAACCGUAAGCCGGAUAUUUUUCUGAUGGAUGUGGCCACCUUCGGGGCCACAUGUUCACCGUGUUCUGCACAGUACGUCAAGAACCGAAAUGCAAAGGAAUUUGCUGAUAAGUGGCCUAGGGCUGCCGAAGCAAUUAUCGAAGGACACUAUGUCGACGAUUACUUGGAUAGCUUCGAUUCCAUUGACGAGGCCAAGCUUAUCACGACAGAAGUAACGAUGAUCCACCAGAAAGGCGGAUUUGAAAUCCGCAAUUGGCUGUCCAAUGCACCCGAAGUGUUGAAUCACCUCAAAGAGCCUUCAAAAACAGUUGUCAAAAAUUUGGAUCUUGACAAAGGCGAUAACAAAGAACGAGUGCUAGGCAUGUUGUGGUUAACUGAAGCAGAUUCACUCGGGUUUUCGACACAGAUGCGAGAAGACAUAGCGAAAAUAAUCGCAGAAGAACAGCGACCGACAAAACGACAAGUCUUAAAGUGCGUCAUGAGUUUAUUCGACCCCUUAGGCAUAUUGGCACUAUUCUCUGUUCAUGGUAAGAUUUUGAUCCAGCGAAUAUGGCGCUCAGGAAUAUCGUGGGACGACGAAAUAGAGGAUGGAGAGUACGAGUUAUGGAGGAAAUGGAUAGGAUUUCUCCCUUCCUUGGUUGACAUUCAAAUUCCUAGAUGCUAUAUGAUGAAUUUCAACCCAUCAGCCGAGCUCUCUACCCAACUACACAUAUUUGUAGACGCGAGUGAAGAGGCAUGUAGCUCUGUAGCUUACCUACGCUUCGUUUUGCCGGAAAACACAAUCUCAUGUGCCAUUGUAUCAGCUAAAACGAAGGUAGCUCCGCUCAAACCGCUGUCGAUACCUCGCCUGGAGCUGCAAGCCGCUAUACUGGGUGCUCGAUUAGCUCGCUUCAUAGAGGAGAACCACAACAUAAACAUUGACGAAAAGAUUUUCUGGUCAGACUCAAGAAUCGUUCUGGCGUGGAUUAGAUCUGACAGCAGACGAUACAGCCAGUACGUUUCAUGUCGGAUAGGAGAAAUUCUCACUCUAACCGAAGUAGACGAAUGGAAGUGGGUACCUACUAAAAUAAAUAUUGCAGACAAAGCUACGAAGUGGGGUUAUAGCCCAGGCUUCAACUGGAAGCAAUGGUUUACUGGACCUGAAUUUCUGUAUCUUCACGAACGCAUGUGGCCGGAACAGCCAAAUCUUAAGAAAAUGCGCACAGAAGAAGAGCUUAGACCUUGCUACGUUCAUUUAGUUAUACAAGAACGUCCCAUUAUACAGUUUGAACGGUUUUCCCGCUGGAAAAAGCUGCUGCGAACAGUUGCAUAUGUAUACCGGUUUCUCUCCAACGCAAAGGUGGCUCGACAGUCGCGCUCCACAGGAUGCCUUACGCAAGACGCAAUAAUUGCUGCGGAAAACUCUAUUUUGCGUUUAUGCCAACUAGAAAGCUAUCCUGAUGAAUGUGCCAUCCUGAAGACAACGCGAGGACAGGGUACUCUUAGUAAGAGCAGUCAGCUAUACGGUCAAAAUCCUAUAUUGGAUGAACAUGGUGUUAUCCGGCGAAAUGGGCGAAUUCCAAUGGAAGUGAAUGUUGGGUUCGGUGUGAAAUAUCCCAUCCUUCUUCCCAAGCAACACCGAGUCACCCAAUUGUUGCUGGACGAUUAUCACCGAAGAUAUCACCACGCCAACAACGAAACAGUUGUGAACGAGGGAGAAGUGACGUGA